AUGGCAAAAACUAAAAUAUUAAAUAAAAAUAAUAAAAAAGAAGAAAUUAUUGAUCAAGAAGAAAAUGAAGUUGAUGUUAAAACAACUUGUAAAGAACUAUCACCACCAACUGAUUUAGAAAUUGAGAAUUUAGAAAAGCUUGAAAAUUCUGGUGCAUCGAGACUACACAUUGUUCUUUCAUUUAUUAAAAAAAAUGGUAUAGGUAUUGGAACAGAUUUAACUCAUUUUGAAUUUGCGUCAAGUUUUUUACUCCCCCAUUCAACACAUGAAUAUUAUUCAGAUAAUAUGGCAAGGGAAUUUGAUAUUUUAUUAAAAUCAAAUAUAGACAAUGAAAUUGAAAGAUUAUUAGGAGUUUUUAAAUAUAUUUUAUCAAUAAAACCUAUUAUUGAAGAUUCAACUAGAUCACCACUUCGUUCGGUUAAUGGUGAAACAAAAAGUUCAAAUUUUCACGUUACAAUUAUUGAUGAACAAGAUAAAAGUGAAAAAAUAAUUAAAGAUAAUUACUAUAUGGUAGAGACAUUGGAUCAAGAAAAAGCUUUUGUUGGAUCAUGUAUUUAUAAUAAAAGAGAAGGUGUAAAAGUACACUUUAAUACUGAAACAAAAACAAUUUUUAAUGGAACAAAUAUUAAACUACCAAUAAUUGGUAAUAUUAUUAUUCGUUUUGAAAAAUUUAAUGAAGAGUAUACAAUAACCAAUCCAACUCUCUAUGGUCGUUAUUUAAGAGGAUUUGUUGAAUAUUGUGGUGAAACUACCAUUACAUCUAAAAAUUCAAAAUAUUAUAUAAAAAAAACAAAUCUUGCAAAACCAUUAAUUGGUGGAAAUGUAAAUAUGGUUGAGGCUAAAUUAUUAUAUGGUGAUGAUCCAAAUCCACUAUUUAAAAUAAAUGGUUCUUGGUCAAAUGAAAUGGAAAUUAUAAAUUGUAAAACUAAAGAAACUAAACUUCUUUAUAAAAGACCAUUUAAUUAUUUUACAAAAAUAAUUCCUGAUAUUUUACCAACAGAUUCUUCAAUUGUUUGGAAAGAUAUUAUAGUACCAAUUAGCAAGGGUGAAAAAAUUAAUAUUUCAAAAGAGAGAUCAAAAAUACUUGAGUAUCAAAAGAAAUUAAAUUGGAAAAUAUCUCAAUUUCAUUUGAAUACAGAUAAUAAUAUUUGGGAACCAAUAAUUUAUAAAGAUUGA